UCGUGGCGCGGCCCCAUGCGGCGGGGCGCGGCGGCGGUGGCGGCGCUGUUGUGCCUGGGGGCCGCCUGCCUGCUGGGCCGCGGGUUCGAUCCCCGCACCUGGCUGCCGCCGCCCCGCGGCCGCCUGCUGAGCAGCGCCGAGCUGGCCCGGUACCGCGGGGCGCCGGGGGAGCCCGGCCUCUACCUCGCUGUGUUGGGCCGUGUCUUCGACGUGGAGCGCGGCCGCAGACACUAUGGCCCCGGGGGUGCCUACAGCGGCCUCGCAGGGAGAGAUGCCACCAGAGCGUUCGCCACCGGCGACUUCACCGCGGCGGGGCUGGUGGAUGAUGUCUCGGCGCUGUCACCAGGCCGGCUGCUGGCCAUCCGGAGCUGGCUGGCCUUCUACAGCGAGCACUACGAGCCCGUGGGGAAGCUGGUGGGCAGGUUCUAUGAUGAAUACGGGGCACCAACAGAAGCUUUACGGCAGGCUGAGGCUGCCAUUGAGGAAGCGCUGAAGUUCCAAGCAGAAAGCGAGCAGAGGAAGCAGCAGUUUCCACCCUGCAACUCAGAAUGGAGCUCUGCUGCGGGCAGCCGGUUCUGGUGCUCCAAAGAGAGUGGGGGAGUGAGCAGAGACUGGACUGGAGUCCCUCGGAAGCUGUUCCACCCGGGGUCCAAGGGCAGCCGUUGCGUGUGUGUGAGGACAACUGGUCCCCCGUGGGGGCAGCCGGACUCCACCGAGCACCGCGACAGAGGCGACCUGGAUAACCCUCACUUGCAGGAAUACAGCGGCUGCCCUCCGCUGGCAGAGCAGUGUGUCCUGAAGGAGUGACUCCCAGGGCUGGAUUCGAGGCCGCUGUUAAGAGCCCUGCAGCGAAACGAGCUUUGUAUGGGCAGCUCCAGCUGUGUUCCUCUCCAUCUGCAUGAAGGGGCAGCAGCAAGCUCACGUUGUGACUCUUUAACGUGUGGAGAUGGAGUUGAGAGGAGGAGGAAACACUUCAGCCUAAUUAGUGGCUAGUAAUGGGAUACUUUCUUAGUGCUUCAUUCUGAUGGUAUUUUUACAUCUGGCAACAAACUGUAAGAUGCAAAGCCUGAAUUAUACUUAGCAACUGAUUUCUUGUGCAGUCGGGAGAUGAGUUUGUGCAAUGUAUUGUGUUUUAAGGCAGCAAGGUUGUGAGCACAGAAACUGCUGCAGCAUCUCUGACCCCAGUUUACACACAGUCCACCAGUCGUUUGAACCCUGCUGCAUUGUAGUGCUUAUGCUCCUUCCCAGUCAGUUGCUUUACUCCAAAGUUUAAAGGUAGCAGGAAGAAGCCUGAAUGGCUCCUAUAAUUAAGGUAGGUAGUAUCUGGGAACUUGUACAGCUUGGUUACACACAAGCUUUACCAAAAUCUUGGGAGUACAGAAGGCAAAAGUCAGAAUUGUAUUCCCUCAUUUAGUGUUUGUAUUAGAUACUGUGUAAAGAAGAUACUGGGAGCCACCUAUGAGGAUCCUUGUUUAAUAUUAACCGCACCUUCCUGCUCCUGUGAUUCACUACUUUCAGACUACGCAGAUGAGGAGCUGGUA